AUGUCAGUAGAAGAAGUUGAAAAAUUAUCAAUUGAACAAGAAGAUAAACAAGAACAACCUAAGGAAGAAGUCGUACUUGGUGAAGAUGGUCAACCAUUAUCUAAAAAGGCUUUGAAAAAAUUACAAAAAGAAAAGGAAAAAUUAGCUAAAAAACAAGAAAGAGAAGCUCAAUUAUUGAAAGAAAAACAAGCACGAGAAGCUGAAGCUGCAAAUGAUCCGGCAAAAGAAAAUUAUGGUAAAUUACCGUUAAUAAACUCAAGUUUUAAAACUGGAGUUAAAAGAGUUUUAGUCAAAGAUUUAUCAGUUGUUAAUGAUGGUGAAAAAGUUUUAUUUAGAGCAAGAAUUCAUAAAACAAGACAACAAGGUGUAACAAUGGUCUUUUUAACAUUGAGACAACAAAGUGAUUUGAUUCAAGUAUUAUUGAAGUCAAACAAAGAAACUGAUUCUUCAGCAAUUAGUAAGCAAAUGGUUAAAUGGACAGGUUCUAUUAAUUUAGAAUCAAUUGUUUUGGUUGAAGGUAUUGUUUCAAAAGUUGAAGAACCAGUUAAAAGUUGUACUGUACAGGAUGUUGAAAUUAAGAUUGAAAAAAUUUAUACUAUUCAAGAAACUCCAGAACAAUUACCUUUAUUAAUCGAAGAUGCUAGUAGGUCAGAACAAGAAGCUGAAGAAUUAGGUUUGCCAGUUGUCAAUUUGGAUACAAGAUUAGACUCGAGAGUUAUUGAUUUAAGAACUCCAACGAAUCAAGCAAUCUUCAAAAUUCAAUCUGGAGUUUGUCAAUUAUUUAGAGAAUUUUUAUCUAAAAAAGGUUUUAUCGAAAUACACACACCCAAAAUGAUUGGAGCAGCUUCAGAAGGUGGUUCAAAUGUUUUUGAAAUAAAUUAUUUUAAAGGAUCAGCAUUUUUAGCUCAAUCACCUCAAUUAUAUAAACAACAAUUGAUUGCAGGAGAUUUUGAGAAAGUUUUUGAAAUUGCACCUGUAUUCCGUGCAGAAAAUUCAAAUACUCAUCGUCAUAUGACAGAAUUUAUUGGGUUAGAUCUAGAAAUGGCGUUUGAAGAACAUUAUGAUGAAGUUUUGGAUGUUUUAGAUGAAUUGUUUAUGUUUAUUUUUGUUGAAUUAAAAAAGAGAUUUUCAAAAGAAAUUUCAACUGUACGCAAACAAUUUCCAGUUGAGGAAUUUAAGAUUCCAAAAGAUGGUAAAAUGGUUAGAUUACAUUUUAAAGAAGGUAUUCAAAUGUUAAGAGAUGCAGGUAAAGAAAUUGAAGAUUUUGAAGAUUUAUCAACUGAAAAUGAAAAAUUAUUAGGUAAAUUAGUUCGUGAAAAAUAUGAUACAGAUUUUUAUAUAUUAGAUAAAUUUCCAUUAGCUGUUAGACCAUUUUAUACAAUGCCAGAUUCUGAAGAUCCAAGAUAUUCAAAUUCAUAUGAUUUCUUUAUGAGAGGUGAAGAAAUUUUGAGUGGAGCUCAACGUAUUCAUGAUGCAAAUUUAUUAAAAGAAAGAAUGAAAGCUCAUGAAGUUGAUCCUAAUGUUCCAGGUUUAAAUGAUUAUGUUGAUGCAUUUACUUAUGGUUGUCCACCACAUGCUGGUGGAGGAAUUGGAUUAGAAAGAGUUGUUAUGUUCUUUUUAGAUUUGAAGAAUAUUCGUCGUGCUUCAUUAUUCCCAAGAGAUCCAAAAAGAUUAAGACCAUAA